UUCCUUUCCCCUUUCCUUUCCUCUCCGCUUCUACGCACCCCCUUGCGCAUUAGAUUUUCCUCGGUAGGUGGAAACCGUCGUGAGCGCAAGGGCUCUUUCGGUCUCACCCUAACACACACACUCUCUCUCUCACUCUCAGAAUAUCUCUUUUCGUUCUGUAAUGGGGAAGUACCACGGGUGGAAGUUCCACUCGCAAAAGCUUACAUAAAACAGACAUCAUGCAGUCUCAGAUUUCACAAAGCUCUUGACCAUUUUCAAAAGUCUAUCUCAGAAAGAAUGACUGUACAAGAAUACGUCCCCCAGGAAUACGAAGGUAACAGGGGAAUGAUAAACAACAGCACUUUGGGACCUUACGUGGCGGUGGAUUUACAGAAGCACGGCUUUGUGAUGCUCAGAGAGAAGCCAAAACAGUCGUACAGCUGCUGGAAGUGGAUCGGUGUCUUCUCCUUUACGGUGGUGCUUUUGGCAUCUGCCUUCCUGACGCUGAUGUACUUUGAUAUUAUUCCUUCACUUAAAGCUUCACCUGAAACGAAGCUGGUUGAAGGCACGUUGCCAGUGAACAUUACGCCAGAGGAGAACAACACGCUUCCUGAGGCACUGAAACAGAUGGCAAUCAAGCCACAGACUCCAGCAGCACACUUAGUCGCUGACGUUUCCUCUGAUCUGAAAUGGCUUAGUGAUGUGGACCAGGCGUUUCUGGAAAACGGAAUGAAGCUUGAAGAUGGAGUGGAGCUCAUUAUACCCAGAAAUGGCUUGUAUUUUAUCUAUGUUCAGGCUGUAUUUGAGACCAACCAAGUUAAAGAGUUGACCGGUAGCGGGGACUGUGUGCAGAGUACUGAUCUGUCAAUAAGUGUUCAACGGUACUCUGAGUCUUACCCAGUGUAUGUUAGUAUUCUCAGCACCUCCCGGUCUUUGUGUCUGCCCAAGAUGAAGGACAGCUUUCAUUUGCCACUCUACCAAGGUGCCUUGUUUAAGCUACUUAAAGGAGAUAAACUAAAGGUACUAAUAGAUCCUCUUGAAUUUGUGGAUGACAGAAAAACAUUCUUUGGGGCAUUCGCUUUGUAAGGAUGUGUCAGUGAUGUGUGGUAUCAUGUUAUGAAUCAGGUGGUUAUUGUAAUUGCAAUAUUAAAUUUGGAGCUGCUCACAGGCCACUAGGUGUGGGGUGUCCUAAGCUGCCACUGAAUGGAAAGAGUUUUCUGAAGAAUCAUUUGAUAUUUAUGUAUGUAUUUUUAUUUAUUUAUUUAUUUACAAACCAGUGAAACCUUUUGUACAUAUUUGGUCUGACUAGCAUUUUUUGAAAUGCACACCAGUUACUGUAUUGGUGUUUUAACCUCAACACUAAGAAAAAGGUACUACUGGAUUUUUAUAUUUGAUGAAUUGCUGUAUUUAUUAAUUUUAGUCAUCUUAAUUAGUAUUUAAUGAUUGCUUUCGAUGAUCAAUUGACUGUAAUGUCUUUUUACAUUAUGAGUACUUCUGUUUAAAAGGAGCUUGCAACUUGAGGUCCAUGCUUUGCAAGGCAGCAGUGGUUCAAGGGUAGAACGGACCGACCUAAAGUGUUACUAAACAAAUCGACGUCAGGGGCACCUUAAAGUGUUGCCAAAAUGUAAGCUUGAUUUCUCAGAACAAGUCUUUGAAAUAGAUGUCUCAUGUUGAGAAUAUUGUAACUUGUUUUAUAUUAAAAUAAGUAUUGUGUAUUUAAAAAAUAUGUUUUUAAGAUGAAUCUAUUGAACUGUUAUUAUUUAUGUAAUACAGCAUGCAA